UGACAGGUCGUGUAGUGAGUCUCGUGGGUGAAGAAUGAUUUUGCACCGACAUGUGUCCGAGACAUACGUCCUUUUCUAUUUAUCAUUAAAAAUGUUUUGUUAAAGUUUCGUUUGUUUUCCGAUUCAUGAGUUUUCAGUGAAAUGAAACAUGAUUCCAGUUAUUCGCGACGUCGAGUACACGCUCACAUUCGUUGCGACAAUGCUCGCUGUGAUUGUUGCUAUAUUUGACAGAACCAUAUGGUUCGUACUGAUUGGAGUUUUCUACGUGAUUGGAUUAUUAUGGGGUACCAAAAUUUUGCACUAUGCAGGAAUAUAUUUGCGAUACAAUGACAAUAAAAACUGUCAAAAGUCCUCGAACCAAGAUUUCUGCAGAGUGUGUGGUGGAAAUUCAUGCAAUCGUCAUAAACCGUCAUUGCACAAUAAUCAGGUCAAAGUUCCAAAGGAUUUUGACCAUGCACUACAGAAAUUACUAGAAAAGUUGUUGCAAACAUAUGUGUGCACCUGGUAUACAAGCUUUUCGGCGAACCCAUCGUUUGUCCAUCAAAUACGUUUGGCAAUCGGCACAGCAGUUCGUGAUAUCACUGGAAGAUUAUUUCGCAGUGACACCUCGGAAAUAAUAUUCUCCAAUCUUAUCCCAAUUGCUCUGCAACAUGCGAGGGAUUGGAAAGCUCUGGUCAAAUUUUCAGAGACAAAGAGCGGGAAGCCUGAAGAUUGGGUUGCUGAAUUCAUGGGGCAGAAAAUUCAUCCGGCUGCUUACUCAAGGGAUUCAGAACUGAAUUAUCUACGAGGCAUUGUUACUGCGCUUCUCCCACAAUUGCUGAGUACUUAUAUUUCUACUAACAAUAAGGUACUUUUACGCGAAGUUCUUGCGAAUUGGGUUUUACUUCCGGCGAUCGACGCCCUCGCGGAUCCUGAAAAUAUAAAUACUCUGAUAGAGUUGUGCACGCAUCAUCAGCACGAAUUAUCACAAGAAAUCAAUUCGGUACACGUACCGAUACUUUAUUCGUGGGUCACACCAAUCUUGACGGUCCAAGGAUCACAGGAUCCUUUGAAACCUUCGUUGGAGGAGGUGCUCAACGAUCCACAAUUGCUCUAUCUAUUUAUGCAACAUAUUAAGGAGACGGGGCCUGUGAAUCUUCUUCAAUUCUGUCUUGACAUUGAUGAUCUCAGCAAGCGAAUGCUUAAUCCUGAAAUAACUCCAGUUAUUGAAGAAAUUUUGUAUGUCGAUGCCUUGAAUAUUUACUCGACAUAUCUCGAUCCUGAUGGCAGCGAUUAUUUGCAUCUCCCGGCUCACAUAUCUCAAGGCAUGCAAGAAAUUUUGGAAGGUGGACCAGGCAAAAUUCAAGAACUGAGAACUUCAAGGCCGUUGUAUCAAGCCCAUCAAGAAGCUCAUGCGUUACUCGAGGCAAUUUGUCUACCAUCUUUUCAUCACAGUCACGAGCUCUACAAAAUGCUGUGUGGUUUACCAGCAUCAGCGACUUUGACCAAGUCUUCUAGUCAAAUGAGAAAAAACGGUCGAUUGCCUGUGAACAGUGGAGUUGGUGGGCCCGGAGUUGGAGCAAGAUUGAGUAAUCAGUUGGGAAGAAUUCGUGGGGCAUUGCGAGCAGCGGCAGUGGACGGAGCGCCGUUUCAUUCCCAGGACGUAUUCCAGGCGGAAGAAGUGGAUUGUUCACCGCGAACUUACGGCGAGGUGAAUUUCGAUGAUGAGAAAUGUCACGAUUUGACAACAUGGCGAGUGACAGUACCGCACGUUGACGGCGGUGGUUCGCAGCCGCUUUACAUGGUCGCGGUGCAUAGCGUCGCCGAGGACAAAUCCUGGACCGUGUUACGGAGAGACCAAGAUUUUUAUGCUCUGCGUGCGAGGCUCAUGGAGUUUCACGGCGAUAGAGAAUUGAACGAUUCACCAUUGCCGACGCGUAAAAAUACUUCGUUGAUAUCGAAUCGUCAGCGUUAUCAAGACUUUUUACAAAAAUUACUAGCCAAACCAACGUUACGAAGCAGUGAGCUUCUGCACGCCUUCCUCACGCUACCCAAUCUCAAGCCCCAUUUCACAAAUUUUACCACCCCCGACAUCGGUAUACUUUAUCAAAGUAUGGCUCACAAACUCAGGAAAGAGAAGGGACAACAUUUGGACAAAUUUAUGACGACGUUUCUGGCCUCGACUCAUCUCAAAUAUGAACACGUCGCUGAUCUCGGCGUCGAGCCCAUCAAUGAUCACAGCCUCGGAGAACCUAAGAAGAAAGGUCGUGAUCUCAUCAGUGGCACCCCGUUUGGAGAUAAUCUUCACAUGCAUAGUGACCACAGAGAAUUUGUUCGCGUUAGUCCAAAACAACAGCAUGUUCAGGGAGCUUCUUUUUGUAUCGCCGAAGCAGUGGAAAGUAUGUUCGAUGGUUCAUAUACGAUUUCACGUAUAAUUUGGUUGAUCGCAUCAUUAUCACGAUCGAGUUUGGAUCCGGUGUUGAAUACGUUUCUACGUGAAACGUUGAUCAAAUUAUUGAGCGAUGGUAGAGCAGCGAGCGUCGUGAAACUGCUGCAUAACACGAUAUUUGGAAGCAGAAUAGCCAAGUCAUCUAAUGUCGGAAAAUCUCGUGAGGAGCGUCACGAGAGAGCCAAAGAAGGAUUGCACAACUUGAUGCCUUGGUGGUGUUUUGGUUUCCGCCGUAGAUGGUGCAGGCUCAUGGACAGCCUUUUGGAUCCCUUGCAAAGUCCUUCUCUGAACAAACAUCUCGCUUAUACGCUAUUGGACCAAAUUAUUGCGAAUCUCUAUCCUGAGAUAUCACAAUAACACAUUUUUUUAACGUUAUUUUUAAGAUUUAAAUAAUUUUUAUUAUUUUUUCUCAUUCUCUCAAAUUCGAGCGAAAGACGCUCGAAUAAAAUUGGAAGAUUUUUCUCUUCCUUGCAAAAUCUCGAUAUUAUCGAUCGUCAUUGAAAUUCUAUUUAUAAAUUAUACAUUAAGCGACAGGAAUGUAAAUGUUCGUGGGAUUAAAUUGUCACUAAUUCCAAUUACA